UCAGUCCCUGAGCACAACUGUUGCGGCGGCAGCAGCAGCGGUGGCAGCAGCGGUGCUGACAUUGGGACAGCGGUGUCAGGACAGAGGUGGCAGCAAGAGCUGCGGGACUGGCAGAGGGCAAGGCAGCAUGGCCCUUGCUCUGCACCUCUUCCUCCUGCUCCUCCUGGCCGUGGCCCUGCCUGCCAGGGCUGCACAGGCUGCUCCACUCCAAGUGUGGCGAGCAGAUGAGCAUGCUAGGAAGGCUUCUCCAGCAGCUUGGCUUAAUGAUGAUUUCCAGGGUCUUAACCCUCCACCAGGUGUGUCUGCAGGAAAGACUUUUCAGGCUCCUUUCCUGGUUGCUGCACACAAGCCCCGCUCCCAUGGCACGGGUCCUCCGAGAAGGAGGAACAAACCUGGAGGAGACAGGAAGUCCCUGGAGGCAUCCAAACACAUGCACAGGAUCUGGAGUGACCUGGAGAGACAAAGUGACAUGGAAGGAGAGAGUGUGCUGACAGCUGCAUUUCCCGGAGGAAGCAGUGGCUCCAUGGCAGCCUCUGCCCCAGGAAGGGAGGCGAUGCCAGGCAAAGGCCCCGGAGACUGGGAACGUGACUUCCAUCACUGGGAAACGCUGUUAAAGCACAGUUUAAGGAUGUUGGAGCUUGGUGAUGGUGAACCUGAUGAUGAAGACAAUCCUGAUGACGAAGAUAAUACGUUUGAUGAAGAUGAUCUGGAUUCCCAAUGUGUACCCAUUACUGAGCCUCUGGGAGAUGCUGAGGGUGUGUCUGCAGGGAGGACUUUGGUGGAUGUUGCACACAAGCCCCACUCCCAUCGCAGGGGUCCUCCAAGAAGGAAGAAGAAACCUACAGGAGCUCGUAAGUCCCUGGACAUUUCCAAACAUCUGGAACAAAAACAGAGUGGCGUGGACAGCCAGCGUGAUGCAGCCGAGAACUCAACAGAUUGGAAAAGCAUGAGAAGAACUUUCAGCUCGGAAACAUCCUUUUUGAUUACGUUGAUGGCCAUUGUGGCACCUGCAGCACUGUCCCUGAUGAUGUGCUAUGCCAGAAUCUGGUAUUGCUCGAAGAGAAAAUGGUGAGUGUUUCGCGAUUCUCUGUCUCAAGCAGCUUCCUUUAAAGGCUGCUCAUAGUCAGGGAAUAUUCCCAGAGAGUUUGCAGUGGAGCUGUGGCCAGUCCCUGGUUGUCCAGAUAUCUCUGCUGAGGGUUCUGCUGCUGCCCAGUGCUUCCAUUGGCCUCUCAAUUGCUG